AUGACAAGUUCAUCAAUUGAUGAUGGACAAUCUUGUGGCAAUGAAAGGAUGCGUGAAGAAUGGAAUGUGAAAGAUGCAGCCAAUUCACUUGCACUCAUGGCCGUGCUGAUAGCCACAGUGACAUUUACUAUUGGUUUCACAAUGCCAGGUAGGUUUGACUCAUCAGAUGGUCCAAUCCUAAAACAAAAGGGCUUGGCAAUUUUGGCUGAUCAAACACUGUUCAAAAUAUUCAUGGCUUUCAAUACUAUUGCCGUGUACAGUUCCAGCAUUGGUUCUGUCAUUCUUCUAUGGGUUUCUCUGGGUGAUCUCCGUUUUGUAGAAGGACCAUAUAGACUUGCUCAGUUCUUUGUUCAUGUGGCCCUUGUAGCAAUGCCCAUUGCAUUUCUAGCUGCCAUAUGUUUGAUUGUAAGCAAUAACACUUUGCUUGCAAUUGUUAUAACUGUCAUCGGAUUCAUCUCGAUUUCCUUCAUCAUAUUUAUUGGUAUUUUAGGAUCGUUUCCACGUAGAUAUAUUCAUUCUCCUGUAUCUCGACAAAUCGCAGACAUACUUAUUAGGAUCAUUGUCGUUUUAUUUUGUUGA